CACACUGGUUGUCGAAACGUAAACAAUCUUGCGGCAACACGUGCAUUUAUUUGUCCUCUUUUUAUUAAAUAAAACCCUUCUUAAUAAUGGAAUUAUUCACAGUCAAUAGAUAUACAGAGGAUUUAAAGAAGCCCAAGGCUGACACCCAAGACACCAACAAUGAGGAUGAAAUCCUUCAAAAACUCCUUCAAAAAGCUGCGAAACGCAAGAGGAAACACAAGGAAAGUGAAGUUAUUGCCGCGGCCGUCCAGGAAGAUCUUGUCCCAGAGGAGGAGGAACCCAAAACUAAGGAGGAGCCCGCAGAAGCACUUGAAAAACCCCACGAGGUAGCUGAGGAACAGGAUGUGCCCUCCAAUGAGUUCCAAGUUCUCGGUGGCGAUGGCUCGGCGGCCAAGAAGAAAAAGGUGGAGAUGCAGCUGCCCAGUUGGCUGGCUCAUCCCACAAUCAUCGAAGGUGGUAUCCUUCAGCCCGACGAGGAGAUACCCGCUUCAGAGGCCAUUGAUCAGCUUGACUACUUGGAAAAGUCCACCUGUUUGGCUCUCAAGCAGAUGAAGAUCAAGCGCCUGUUUCCUGUCCAACGGCAGGUCAUUCCCUGGAUCCUGGAGGCGCACGCCAAGCCAGCCCCUUUCCGUCCCCGGGACAUUUGUGUAUCUGCUCCCACAGGCAGUGGAAAAACCCUGGCCUUUGCCAUACCAAUUGUCCAGCUUUUAGCGCAACGUGUCGAGUGCAAAAUUAGGGCCUUGGUUGUUCUACCUGUGGCAGAGUUGGCCCUGCAAGUUUACCGGGUCAUCAGUGCGCUGUGCAGCAAAACGGAGCUGGAGGUUUGCCUACUGUCAAAGCAACACAAGCUCGAGGAUGAACAGGAGAAGCUGGUGGAGCUGUACAAGGGCAAGUACUAUUCGAAGGUGGACAUUGUGGUCACCACACCAGGUCGUCUGGUGGACCAUUUGCAUGCCACCAAAGGCUUUUGCCUGAAGAACCUCAAGUUCCUGAUCAUUGACGAGGCGGACAGGAUAAUGGAUGCCGUUUUCCAAAACUGGCUUUAUCACCUGGACAGUCAUGUCAAAGAGACCACCGACCAGUUGCUGGCCGGCACUCAAGCACCUCUUUGCUAUGCAGAACUUCAGUCCAGCUUUGGCAAGCAGCCGCAUAAGCUCCUAUUCUCAGCCACACUCUCCCAGGAUCCGGAGAAGCUUCAGAACCUACGACUCUUCCAGCCGCGUCUAUUCACCACCGUCUUUACCAUGCCCGUGAUAAAGGAUCUAAAUGGUGAAGAUGAAAAUAAGGAAACAAAUUCAGAUCACGGACAAUUUGUGGGCAAAUACACAACACCGGCAGAGUUAACCGAACAGUUCUGUGUGACGGAGCUGCGACUGAAACCGCUGACCCUGUUUGCCCUGGUUGAGAAGUACCAGUGGAAGCGGUUCCUCUGCUUUACCAACAGCACAGACCAGGCCAGUCGCCUGACAUUCGUGAUGAAACUGCUCUUUGAAGGCACCUCCACGCAAGUGGCCGAGUUGUCGGGUAACCUUUCGGCCCUCGUUCGAAAACAAGCGCUUAAGGACUUCGCAGCUGGCAAAAUAAACGGUCUAAUCUGCUCAGACGCCUUGGCGCGUGGUAUAGAUGUGGCGGACAUAGAUGUUGUACUGUCCUACGAGGUGCCUCGCCACAUCAAGACCCACAUCCAUCGAGUGGGUCGAACGGCCCGAGCGGGAAGGAAGGGUACCGCUGUCACCCUGCUCACCGAACCAGAGCAGGUGGCAUUCAAGAAAAUGCUUAACGAUGUGGGCAAAGGAUUGGGCGAAGAGAUCAGCGUUUCGCCGGACAUCGAGAUCCAGCAUGCGGUUAAUUACAAAAAUGCACUGAACGAGUUGCGUAUGUGGCAGUUUAAGGAGAAGUCUCAGAAGGCGGUGCACAAGAAGCGUGUGGCCCACCAGGCCUUGGUGCAUAAGAAACAAGAGAACUUGGUCAGCGAUCGUCCACUCACUUUGAUGGAAAAGCUGCAGAUCAAGGCGGGCGGAGCGGCGGCGGAGCCUGCCAAAAAACAAAGCGAAACUCCCAAAGUAAAAGCGCAACCCAAGGAAACCAAGAAGCAACGCAUUGCCAAAAAACGAAAGAACAUCGAGAACUAACGUUUCGGAUAACCACUUGGAAUAUGUUGUUUUAUUUAGUUUACUUUAAUAUAAUAAUGUAAAUAACCA